GAUAAUAUUUUGAUCUCAUAAAUUGAAUAUUCGAAUAUCGAAUGACCGAUUGCCAAAGUUGUCGAUCUAUAGUUAUUAUUGCUUGUCAAUUGUUAUUCCUGCUUUUUUUAAAUAUUCAUAUCAUUUUUGCAUUAAUAUGAAAUUGAGUGGUGAUACUGUCCUACCUAAUUGGGUAUUCACAACUAAUUCCUAUGUAAGAGCAUUAUGUAAAAUUGCAUACUUGUAGAUGAGCCGUCAGAAUGACAGUCGCGGCAUUGGAUAAAUAUCAUUUGGGCAUUAGUGCCAUUGUUGUUGUGGCUAUGCAACUUUUAUUUUUCACUGUUGCUGUCACAUUUCAGUAUGAUAAAGUGGCCGACUUUGCUGGUGGUAUAAGUUUUAUUUUAGUGGCUGUGCUAACAUAUGGAUUAGCUCAGACACAUGAUAAUCGACAAUUUAUGGUUACAUUAUUUGUAUGUAUUUGGGGUGCCCGAUUAAGUUCAUAUUUGUUUUAUCGAAUAAUAAAAAUUGGUAGAGAUGCUACAUUUCCAGACAGACGUAGCAAUAUGAUUCGCUUUGCUGUGUUUUGGACAUUUCAAGCUAUUUGGGUGCUUGUUGUUAGCUUGCCUAUUAUUGUUAUCAAUGCACCUCAUAAUUCUAUAAAAGCUGGAGCCCCUAAAACUAUGACCACUUUGGAUACUGUUGGCUGUUGUGUGUUCAUUUUUGGCUUCAUUAUUGAAACUUUUGCUGAUUUACAAAAGUAUGCAUUUAGAAGUGAAGAAACAAAUAAAGGAAAGUGGUGUGAUGACGGUUUAUGGAGUAUGUCUAGACAUCCAAAUUAUUUUGGAGAAAUAGUAUUGUGGUGGGGUGUUUUUAUUGUGUCAUUAAAUGUGAUUAAAGGUCCAGAGUAUAUUGUUGUUAUAUCGCCAAUUUUCACAACAUUUAUCAUACUUUUUCUCUCUGGUAUUCCACACUUAGAACGAGUUUCCGAUCAUAGAUUUAGAAACAAUGCUCAUUAUCAGCUGUACAAGCGAUCCACUUCACCAUUAAUACCUAUACCGCCGUCUCUUUAUAUUGAAGUACCUGGUUUUAUUAAAAUGCUUUGUUGUUGUGAACUACCUUUAUAUAAUUGGAUGAAAGCACAUCCUUCAGAUCCUCCAGAAGCAGCUCCAGCUCCAAAAUCAUCCUAGCAAAAAAAGGGAGCGGGUGUAACUAUGGUACAGAUUACAGAUCGCUCCCAAGAAGGUCCUGUCUACUCAACAGCUACCACGUACGUCUAAAAUAUAAAAUAUCUAUAAAAAUAUUUGUUAAUAAGAAUAUUAUUUAAAAAAAUGCAUUUAGACAGUAUAGAUAUCAUUAAAUAGAUAAUUAUUAAAAAGUCAAUGUAUAAUGCCUAUUGCCUAUACAUUACAGGUAUUGUUUAGUUAUGAUAAAGUUAUUAUUAACAAAUAUUAUUUUAACUUAAAUACAUUUUGUUUUGGUGGUUACUUAACAGUUUGUAUGCGAUUGCAUAUAUUUUCAGUGGCGCGUUUACAGAAUAGGCCAACUAGGCCCAGGCCUACUCAAUUUUUACUUGACUGGUUUUUUUUUUUUAUCAAAAUUAAAAAUAUUACUAUUAAUAUUAUUAAUACAGUAAAUUCCGGUUACAACGAAUACCAAUAUAACAAAAAAUCCUGUUAUAACGAAAGUCAUUGAAGUCCCCUGCCAAAAAGCAGGGCUUAUAAAGAGGUUAUUCAAAAUUUCCGUCAUAACAAAAAAAAAAUUCGGUCCCCUGAUGUUUGUUGUAAUGGGAUUCUACUGUAUUUAUUAUUGAAUAUUAUUAUCAUACCCAUAUCCCAUAUGUUAGGACAAAUCUUCCCUAAUAGUUAUAAACAUACUUAUAUGCUACAGAACAAAACUGGCCUACCCAAUUAUUUUAUGCUGGACAUGCCACUGCGGCACUGUAUAUUUUAUUAAACAUCAUAUCAUUGUGAUGUCACAGUUCUUUUACUAUUAUAGUGUUAGCUUAUAAAUAUACAUACUUAUUCUGUCACAUAAUUUUGAAAUAUAGGCUGGGUUAAACAAUGUUAUAAGGCGAGCAGCAAUAAUUUAAAAAUAUAUAUAUAUAUGAUACAUAGUUAUACAAUAGAAACAUUAAUGAUCCAUACAAAUCACCCUGUAGAUUUAACAAAUGUAAGAACAUGAAACAUACCUGGAAGGAAAUCCAAAUUAUAAUAUUGUUUUUUAAAUAAUUUCAUAGAUAUAAAUAAUUAUAUUAUUAUUAUUUAUUCUACAUAUUGCAAUAAUUACUCAAAUUAUCUAUUUGAUGAUUGAUAGAUUAAUUAAAUCAAGUAUCAAAAUCUAUUCUAGCUUAAAUUGUAUUCUUGUACAUAUAAAUUGUAAUUAUCUUUUACAUGUUGAAAAAAAAAGUAAAUUAAUAGUAA